GGUGGGCCGCUGGACUGAGGUGAUGCUCUUGGUUCGGCGCUGCUGGGGUCGGCGGCUGGCGGUAGGGAGGCCUCGCUGCUCGUGUCAGACACAGGCCGGGCUCGGCGGCUCCUCCGGCGGAGACAGCCGAGGCUCCCGAGUCCGCAAGAAGCCGCCCUGGAGGGUGUUGUUCCUUGGCACCGACCACUUUGCCCGGGAGACGCUGCGGGCUCUGCACGCCGCCAGAGAUGAUGAAGAGGAAAAGUUAAUUGAAAGCCUGGAGGUUGUCACAGUGCCUUCACCAUCCCCCAAAGGACUCCCUGUGAAGCAGUAUGCUAUCCAGUCCCGGCUCCCAGUGUACGAGUGGCCUGAUGUGGGAUCCGGAGAAUACGACGUUGGCGUGGUGGCUUCCUUUGGCCGACUUUUGAGUGAGGCUCUUAUUCUUAAGUUUCCCUAUGGCAUAUUGAACGUACAUCCCAGUUGCCUCCCGAGGUGGCGUGGUCCCGCCCCGAUAAUUCAUACAGUGCUUCAUGGAGACACAGUCACUGGCGUAACAGUUAUGCAAGUUAGACCCAAAAGGUUUGAUAUCGGCCCAAUUCUCAAGCAGGAAACCAUCCCUGUGCCUCCCAAGAGCACAUCAAAGGAACUGGAAGCAGUGUUGUCAAAACUCGGUGCCAACAUGCUUAUUUCAGUUUUGAAAAGUUUGCCUGAAAGUCUGAACAAUGGAAGGCCACAGCCAGCUGAGGGAGUGACGUAUGCCCCUAAGGUUUCUGCUGGUACCAGCUGUGUCAAGUGGGAGGAGCAAACCUCAGAGCAAGUACUCAGACUUCACCUCGCCAUUGGGGAUAUAGUUCCAUUGCAGACACUCUGGUUGGAGAACACCGUUAAACUUCUGGAUCUGGUAGAAGUUAACAACUCCAUCCUCACAGACCCCAAAUUAACAGGACAAACUGUGGCUCCAGGGUCAGUGGUAUACCACAGACAAUCGCAGAUGCUGCUGGUUCACUGCAAGGAUAGCUGGAUUGGAGUACGAUCAGUAAUGCUUAAGAAAACACUAACGGCUACUGAUUUCUACAAUGGAUAUUUGCAUGCGUGGUACCAGAAGAAUCCCCAUGCUCACCCAAGCCAGUGCAGAUUUCAGACUCUCAGACUUCCAACAAAGAUGCAUCAGAAACAAGUUGUUGCUAUGCAACAGUGCAUUAAGUAGCUAGAAAGAAGAUGGGCAAGGACCUAUUACACACUUGAAUUUAAAAGCUUUAUUUAUAAGCAACCGACUUUGAAAGUUGACAUCAUUUGGAGAAAGCGAAAAUGGUUAUCAAGACGGUGGACACCAUUGGAGAAAGGGAAUAUGGUUAUCAAGAUAGUGGACACCAUUGGAGAAAGGGAAUAUGGUUAUCAAGAUGGUGGAUACCAUUGGACAAAGGGAAAAUGGUUAUCAAGAUGGUGAAUUCUGAGCUCUCCAUUUUUUGUGUGUAACAGUUAAAAGCAGCCUUUUCUAUGUGAAUAACAAAAGAAAUUUAAUAAAAUUUGUAUUUAUAAUGUUCAGCUUAAAGGAGAUUCUGUGUUUUGAAGAGGAAAGCAACUAAAUGGUAUGUCUAUAGUCUAAAAGGGUAUUUAAAAAUGGUGCAUGUAGCCAGCAGUGGUGCAUGCCUUUAAUCUCAGCACUCAGAAAGUAGAGGCCAGCCUGGUCUACAGCGUGAGUUCCAGGACAGCCAGGGCUACACAGAGAAACUGUCUUGAAAGCAAAACAAGCAAACAAAAAUGGUGCGUUCAAAGACUGAGGAUCUAGCUAAGUAAAGUGCCUGCUUAGCCUGUGUUAAGUUCUAGGUUUGAUCCCCACCACCACACAAAUCACAUAGUGCUGCACACCUCGAGUCCCAGCACUCAAGAAGUGGAAGCAGGAUGAUCAGAAGUUCAAAGUCAUCCUCAGCUACAUAGCAAGUUCUGCCAGACAUUCCUCUUUGGAUUUUUAUCAUUGCUGGAAAAAAUUUACUUUGCCUCAGAUUUAAAACUGAACUCAGGUUUGGGGGGAUGUAGCUCAGCUGGUAGGAGACUUGCCUGCUGUGUGCACAGCACUAGCUG